UUGUUUAGUCAAGGUUCUAGUGUUUUUUUGUGAGAAUGCUGAAUUUAUUGUUGGACUGUUGAUAGGUGUCAUCUGUGACUUUCAUGACGUGCUCUACUUGUUUAUUAGCACGUACAUGUGACAGUAAUGUGCCUUUGUGGUCCAGCACGGUUCCACUCAUACCAUCGUUUCUCUUUCUCCACGUCAGGACACUAUGAUGGACCGAUGGGGAUCAUGGGAGACAGCUCCUCCUCGGCCGAUGAGCUAGAGGCCGGCGAGCUGGUCAUCGACGACUCCUACGCCCAGCUGGCCAAGAAAGCCAAGAAGAGCAAGAAGAGCAAAAAGAAGAAGGAGAGGGAGAGGGAGAAAAAGCACUGCCUGAAAGGGGUCAAGAAGGGGUCAAAAGGAGGCAGCUCUCACUCCUCCAGCAUAGCCAAUGGCAGCGGAGGAUACGGGGCUUUUGGGAAGGCGUCCUCGGAGUCGGCGAACCACCGCCCGAGCGACAAGAAGAAGAAGAAAGACGAGAAGGGUCGGGACAAAUCGGAUAAAGAAAAGACAAAAAGGAAGUCAUCUGGUAUGACAGCAUACCAGAUAUUCUGCAAGGAAUACAGAGCCAGUAUCAACAUCGAGCAACCAGGCUUAGAUUUUGGCGAGUUGAGUAAAAAGUUAGCAGAUGCAUGGAAGCAGCUACCAGAGGGAGACAAAGAAGUGUGGAAGGAGCGGGCGCAGUACCUGCAGCACAAGCAGCAGAUGAAGACGGGCAAAUCUGCCCCCCAGUCCAGUUCUAAUGCAGCUAAAGCAGACAAGCCCAAAGCCGUGAAGAGGGUGGAGAGCCGACCGGAGCCCCUACAGGCCAAUGGGAUGUCUGCGGAGGCGGAGCCUUCCCCCUCUCCGGUCAGGGUUCCGGAGGUGGACCCCAUCGAUGCCGCCGCCCACCUGCAGCUGCUGGGAGAGUCGCUGUCACUGAUUGGCUGCCGACUGCAGGAAACUGAGGGCAUGGUGACCGUCUCAGGCAGUCUGUCUGUGCUGCUGGACGCCAUGCUGUGCGCCCUGGGCCCUCUAGCCUGUCUCACCACCCAAGUCCCGGAGCUCAACGGCUGUCCGCAGCACAUACUGUCCAAGACUCUGGACAACAUCGCCUAUGUGAUGCCCGGCUUGUGAGGGCCAAGGCCACUGGGAGUUCUACUGCCAGUAUACCCAUACUGCCACUGAUGGAAGUUACAGUACGGGAGGACUGUUGGAUGGAUCAAGCAACACACUUUCUUUCUUUAUUUUAACAUUUUAAAUAAGGGAAAGGACUUGAAGCAUUGCACAGUUUUGCACUGGACAUAUGGACACGGACACUGCUAGUUUUAACCACGCCCCCAUUUUUAACAUUUGUGACUCGUUUCCUUCAUUUUCAUUUGUUAUAUUUACAAUUAAAGAUAUUUUAGUGAAUUGUUUUAA